AUGCGUCUUUUGAUUUGCGCCCUAGCCAUUGGAUGGCUUAAUAUGCCAUCCUUGUCUCAAGCUCGAACUAUCAGCACAAGAAAAAGCGAAUCUAAUCUUUGCGCUGUGAAUGGACGGCAGAUCGUCCACAAUGAGAGCAGUAUCUGGCCUUGGCAGACUUAUCGGUCAUCCAACAUCACGCCGCCGUACCUCCAGAUCAAUCGCAGCAGUGAAGAACUAGCACCUGGCCUGCUCUUCAUUGGCCAGGAGAAUGAUGGUACUCAGGCUGGUGUCAAGCAGGUAGCUCCCUUCAUACUGACCGACGAGAGGAAAGCUGCAUAUGGCGCCGAUGCUGGCCGGGGCUGGGGCGAGGUGCAGAUUUACGAUGAGAGCUAUCGCCAGAUCAAAUCGGUAUGCUUGCAGCUUAAUUUGACAUUGCCGGAAGGAACAACAACCAACUGUGAUGCCGACGUCCACGAGUCAUUUAUUACGGACGAUAACACUAUUCUAUUGACAGCAUAUAAUGUCAGUCGAGCCGAUUUGUCCUCGUUGGGAGGCCCAAGCGACGGAUGGGUAUACGACUCGAUUGCAGUCGAGGUUGACUUGGAAACAAAUGAAACGGUAUUCAUCUGGAGCCCCCUGGCGCAUCUCUCUGUGAAUGCGACGCGUGUGCCGUAUACCGGCUCCAACUCGACUUCGCCCUUUGAUUGGUUUCAUAUGAACUCAAUCCAGAAGUACGGAGAUUACUAUCUCAUUAAUUCGCGACAUCUGUGGCGAACAUAUCUGGUGAAUCGUAAGGGGGACAUUAUAUGGUAUAUCGAUGGCCAUAAUGGCGGGGACUUUGGGAGUCUGCCUGAAAACGGCCAAUUCGUAAGGCAUCUAAAAUCCUCUUGCCUUGGUAUCUUCUUUCUCACCCUUUCACAGUCAUGGCAACAUAUGGCACGGAUCCACAAUAUUUCUUCCACCCAGGCCUUACUGAGCUACUUUGCCAAUGAUCUUGACACAGCUAAUGGCACUGUCCCCUCCAAAGGCCUGACCUUACGCUUGACACUCCCACCGAGUCCUGUCAACCCGCCCGAGGUCAUCACAGACUUUUGGGAUAGCGAAAACCCAGUCUCGUCGGCUGCUGAGGGGGCGUUCUUUCCGCUUGCGAACGGAAACACCAUCAUGGGAUACGGCGACCAGCCUUAUAUCAAAGAAUACGGACCUUCAGGAAAACUGCUUUGGUCAGCGCAGUUUGCUGAUUACAAUCUCGGGCAGAGCUACCGGGCAUACAAGCAGGAUUGGCAUGCAACGCCAAGCACCCGGCCCAGUUUGGUGGUUACAAGUAUCUCUGCGGAAGAUGACCUCAGUGAUUGUGCUGGUCCAUCGUCUAAGCUGCGUGGGUAUGUGAGUUGGAAUGGGGCGACCGAUGUCACUCUGUACGAAGUAUAUGCAGGGGCAGACAGCAAGAGCCUUCAAUCUCUAGGGAAAGUUGAAAAGAAAGGGUUUGAGACGAAGUUCUCGUUGCCUGUCGGAUCACAUGUGGUUCAGGUGGCUGCGGUUAAAAAUGGUGAGGCGAAAAGGUCAGAGGUCUUUUAUGUAUGA